AAAAGGAAGUGUAGUACCGCCGUUUGGCCAGCACGAAUAUUUUCAUCUGAGUCCGGCGCACUUCCUGGGGGCUUGCUGGUACCCCGAACACAUCUGGUACCAGGGCUGGACUGGGACAGCAAAUCAGCCCUGGCAUUUGGACCCAGACCGGCCCAAAUCCAUAAAACAAACGAAUAGUAGCGGUUCCUGACAAGAAGAAUAACUCAGUAUAAUUUUUUUAAAAAACGCUAUUAUUAUCGCUGGCUUCGAGGCCAUAAGGGUCAGACGCAAGUGAUUCAGUGUUCCCAGCUGUUUAGUCUAUCUCCCCAAAUAUGUUGAUUACUCUCUCUGAACUAGUUAAAAGGUCUAUCGAGAGAGAGGCUCUUCAGAAUUGACGUGGCAUCCCUCCCGUGCAGUCAGAAGCUCUGGCUGUGUGAGUUGUGAUGUGAAUCUUCCGGCCGAUACUCGUAAUAAACCAUCAGUGUUUGACAUCAAAGCUCCUGCGCUCCCCGUGUCUCCUUCAUGAGUCGACAGAAGAGAGGAAGCGUUAAACCAUCAGAGACUCAAACAUGAACGUCUGGCUUGUCGCUUUGAUCUGCUUCUUCUUCCACACACAGCGGGAUGGAAACAGUGAAAGCGUCGUCCGUACAGGAACUGAAGUAGGAGACAUUACAGUUUCAUGCCCCUUCUAUUUAUCCGGAAAGAGGAAGAUCCUCUGUAAGGGAGAGUGUGGCAAAGGAGACACUCUGCUCCAAAACACCGCCGACACGGCCCGGAAAGGCAGAUACAGCAUCAGAUUUAAAGAAGGGACUGCUUUUCCGUAUUCUGAUACAGUUCUGUAUGUGGGCAUCACAAAGCUGACUAAGUCUGAUGCAGGACGGUACAAAUGUGGCUUUGGCCGAGUGUUUUCACCGUCAUACAUGGAGUUUGAGAUCAGAGUUGAAGAUGCUCCAACCUCUUCAAAACCAAAAGUGACUUUCAGACCGUUUCCAACAUCAGCCUCCACACUGACCAUCACUAAGAGUCUGAGCUCCGUACCUUCCUCAGCCUCCCCUGAACGCACCACACAGCCUCAACAGGGACCAACAGCUCCAGCUGGUCACGGUGUGGUGCUGUAUGUGCGUCUGACUCUGGUCGUCAUGUUCAUCGUACUCUCAGCGUCUGUGCUGAUAUUCUGCAGGAAGAGGGCCAGGAAACCCAGAGAAGCGAGCUUGGACGAAAUCCACUCAGAAGACGCUUCACCUCCUCUUAAACUCUCUGAGUGGCCGACAGGUUAACACAAAGCGGUUUAACUGACUAACUUUCACAAUAUACUGUAAUCUGCUUUUUCAUUUCAGAGAACUGAGUUAUUUUCAUAACUUUUAUAAUGAUUUAUUGUUGGUAAGAUAACGGUAAACAAUGUCAGUUAGAGCUCACAUUAGUUACCAGUUAAAACAAUUGAACUGCUGGGAAAAAGGUAAAAUGUUAUCAGUGUCCGAUUCAUUGUUUUUAUAAAUUCUUUGCAUCUGCAGAAAUGUAUUUGAUGGGUUAGAUGAUGAGUCAUAAUUAUAUGAUUUAAUUUUGUCAGUUUCCUUGCAACAAUUAUAACUACUUGUAUGUCUGCACAACAAAACAACACAAAUCUGAACUAAAUCACUGAUUUUGAGUUUGUAUCCUGCAAGUAUAUAUGUGUACUACAAGAAUAAUCCUAGUUAUUUUUUAUAUAC